UAUAUGACGAUCAUCACUAUAAACAUUUACAAGCCGGGCCACGUAUUUGUCAGAUCUCUAAACGAAUAUAAUUCCACCUUUUUGAUAAUAAAAAUAUACAAACAGAGACAACAUGGAAAGUAUGCAACGGUAUGUUUCACCCGUAAAUCCAGCUGUAUUUCCACACCUAGCUACGGUAUUGCUGACAAUUGGUACUUUUUUCACCGCCUGGUUUUUCGUAUUUGUGGUAUCACGACCAAAGAAUUCUAAGGAGCGUACUCUGUUUAAAGAGCUUUCAAUUAGUCUCUGCGCUUCAAUAUUUCUAGGUUUCGGAGUAGUUUUUCUAAUGCUGUCAGUGGGUAUAUACAUAUAAAUUGUUUUGCGAUUGGUAAAUUGUAUUUUUAAGACUACCGGAGUUUUUUAAUAAAAACAAAAAUAUUUCUCUUUGUGUAACCAAAAUUUUAUAUGAAUUAUACUUGCUAUAUUACAAAGUAUUAGAAAGAAUUAUUCUUGCUAUAAUACAAAGUAUUAGAAAGAUGUGCUAAACAAAAUUUUGGUUAUAAAUUAUUGCAUGUGGGAGAAUCAGCAUCAAUGAUUUCCAGCUAUCAAAGUCUGUAAUAAAGGAUAUACAUAUGUAUACAUCACUUGCCACAUUAAA